AGGAAAUUAACUAGCGAUUGCUUCAUUAACCAAUUGCCAGAGACAAGCCGCAAUUUCUUGUAUUACAUAUUGUAUCACUAUUAAUAUCUUCGCCAAUGUAUCUUUUCUUCUACUUCUGGCACAUAAAAUAUAUAAAAGGGUCCCAUUCAAAAGCUCACGUGUUUUGCGUAUCAAUGCAAAGAGCCCUUUGUCCUCUAUAUUUUCUUUUUCUUUUAUUUAUUUUCUUCUUUCCUUUGCAAUUUAUAAUUCAUAAUUUUCAAAAAGCUACACUUUUCAAUAGGAUUUCGAAUUAAUUUAUAUCCACCCCCAAUGAAGCAAAGAUUCUCAGCGCUCGACGUGCGAGCGACAGUGACGGCGCUACAGAAGCGCAUUGUUGGCCUUCGUCUCCAAGGAAUUUACGACGUUAAUCCCAAGACGUUCCUGUUCAAAUUCACAAAGCCCGACUGCAAAGAGCUGGUCCUAGUGGAGUCCGGCAUCCGAAUGCACACGACCGAAUUCACUCGCGACAAAUCGAUCAUUCCGUCCAACUUUUGUAUGAAGCUGCGCAAGCAUUUGAAGGCGCGGCGGCUGACAGGCGUGCGGCAGAUUGGCAUGGACCGCGUGGUGGACUUUGAAUUUGCAGUGGCAGCCGGCGCAAAGGCUGAAGGCACAUACCACAUUCUGUGCGAGUUCUACGCGUCGGGAAAUGUCAUCCUGACCGACUACCAGUACAACAUUCUGGCGCUUAUGCGAGUCGUGCAUUUAGAGGGCGAGCCGGCCUUUGCCGUUGGGCGGCAGUACAGCCUGGCCGAGUCGCGCGACAUCGAUCCUGUCGCACGGGCGCAGCUUGUCGAAUGUCUGCGGCGAGCCGGGCCCAAAGACACACUGAAGCGCACACUGACCAUGCUUGGCGCCUACGGCCCGGCACUGACCGAGCACAUCAUUCUGCGCGCCAAAAUGAGCCCGUCGCAGCGUGUGUCAGCGGCAGUGAAUGUCGACGCGCCGGAGUCGCUGCAGAUCGACGCGCUGCUCGAGGCAUACGCCGACGCGUUUUCAAUUGUAACACGGCUGGGCCGCGAGGUUCACCCCGGCUUCAUCACCUUUGUGCCGCAAAGGGACAGCGCUGGCACGGAACGGGCAGACAAGGGAGAUGAAGUCUACGACGAGUUCAGCCCGUGGCUUUUCGACCAGUACGUGCAGCGGCCGCACACGGAGUUUGCCUCCUUCUGCGAUGCGGCCGACGUGUUCUUCUCGAACAUCGAGGCGCAGCGGCUCAAGGUCAAGGCGCACCAACAGGAGCAGGCGGCCGAGCGCAAGCUGGAGGCCAUCAAGGCCGAGCACGAGGGCCGCGUGGCUGCGCUUGAGCGCGCGCACCGCAAGACCGAGGAGCAGGCGCGCCGUAUUGAGAUGAAUCUGGAGUUUGUUGACCAGGCGAUUUUGAUUAUCCGCCAGGCUGUGGCGGCCGGCAUGGACUGGAAGGAGCUGGAGGAGCUGGUGCGCGACCAGCAGGACCAGGGCAACCCUGUGGCCGAGCGCAUCAUCAGACUCAAUCUGGCCGCCAACCAGAUCACCCUCGAGCUUGACGAGCCGGCGGACUGGGACGAGAGCGACGACGACAGCAGCAGUGCCAGCGACAGCGACGGGGCAGAUGGUGCCGAGCGCGGGGCAAUGCAGCUUGCCGGGCCGAUGUCCGUUGACGUAGACAUCUUCCAGUCGGCAUUCGCCAACGCCCAGCGGUACUACAACUCGCGGCGACACGCGGGAGUCAAGCAUGCCAAGACGCUGGCUGUGUCGACGCAGGCGCUGCAGUCGGCUGAGCAGAAGAUCAAGACGGAUCUGCGCGCAACCAAGGUCACGGCCACGGUCACACAGCAGCGCAAGCCGUUUUGGUUCGAGAAGUUCUCGUGGUUCCUGUCUUCCGACGGCUUCCUCGUCUUGGCCGGCCAUGACAUGCAGCAGAACGAGCUUCUGGUCAAGCGCCACCUGCGCUCAGGCGACGCCUACGUGCACGCUGAUCUCCAUGGCGCAGCCUCGGUCAUUGUCAAGAACCGCGGCCUCGAGUCUCAGUCGGCUGAAUCCAUCCCGCCAUCAACGCUGUUCCAGGCGGGCAUUAUGAGCGUUUGUCAGUCGCGCGCUUGGGAUGCCAAGAUUGUCACCUCGGCCUGGUGGGUCGAGGCGCACCAGGUCAGCAAGUCGGCACCCACCGGUGAGUACUUGAGCACGGGCAGUUUUAUGAUCCGCGGCAAGAAACGCUUUUUGCCACCGACGCAGCUCGUCUACGGCUUUGGCUUUGCUUUCCGCCUGGCCGACGACGAGAGCGUUGCUAGGCACGUUGCUGCGCGCCAACAGCGCUUAGCCAUUAUGCAGGAAAACCAGCGUGCGGCCACUGGUACAGCAAGCACUGCGAAUUUGACUGCCGCGGACAACGAGACUGAGUCUCAAGCCGCUGAGGACUCUAACGAGGCGGAUCAGACUGCAGAGUUUUCCAUUGUCGGUGGCAGUGCACCCACUGAUUCAGCCGUGGCCAUUGAUACUGCUGCCGCUGCCUCUGAUGCGGCCAAGCAUAGGAGACCGGGCAAAGCGGCUGCGGCUGCGGCUAUGGACUUUGGCGCGGCGCGCAAAAAGUACAACCUCGAGGAGGUUGAGCAAGCCAUAGCAGCUGCCGACGAUUUCGCCAACGAGAGCAAUGCAGCUGCACAAAUGCCCCGCGGCGACAACACCAACAAGCGCCAUGUCUCUGCCAAGGAACGCCGCGACCAGCGCAAGCAAACCACUACGCAGAGUGCCGGUGCCUCUGCCUCUCAAGCUACUGGUGGCGGUACGGCAGUGGCGGCAGGCAAGCUGACCAAGCAGGAGCAGCGGCGCCUAGAGCAAGAGAAAAAGUUUGAUAAUCAUGCAGCUCAGAACGCCAACCAGCAGCAGCAGCAACAGCAACAGAAGCGUGGCAGGAAGGGCAAGAUGCGCAAGAUGAAGGAAAAGUAUGCCGACCAGGAUGACGAUGAGCGCGAGCUGAAGAUGGCGCUUUCAGCUGCCAGUGGCAAGCGCAGCGUCGGUGCCAUUCUUGACACCAAGCUGGCAAAGACCGCUGAAGCAAGUGAUAUUGCUUCAGUUGACAUGGUUGAACAUGAGGACAACAACGAUGGUGAUGAUGACGGUAACGAUGACCCUGCAUCUGAGCUCGAUGAGGCAGAUACUGCUGAUUUUGCCGCGUCGGAUGACACUGUAGCUGACCAGCUGGCUGCGCUCAUGGUUGCAGACAAUCCAGCGACAAUUGCGACGAGCGGGACGCCCGAAGACAUCGACGAUGACGACGAAAUAGUCGAUACCGCGUCCGACCAGCAGCUCGACGUCCUGGACAUGCUGACAGCCGCCCCGCUGCUCGGAGACAACCUGGCAUCGGCCAUCCCUGUCUGUGCACCAUACAGCGCGCUGUCCGCAUACAAGUACCGCGUGAAGCUUGUGCCCGGUACGAUGAAAAAGGGCAAGGCGUGCAAGAUGGCUCUGACCGUGGCUUUGGGGGCUGCCGAUGGGAACAAGCCCCGAUCCACACAUUCGUUGGAUCCUGCAGAGGCCGAGCGGCUGGAGCUGGCGUUGAUAUUGGCCAACCGCGAGAAGGAGCUGAUGAAGGUUGUGCCUGAGCCGGAGAUGAUCGCGCAGAUGCUCGGCAAGGUUAAGGUCACGGCGCCCAAUAUGGAAUCUAUCCGCCAAAAGUCAAAGGCCGCGGCAAAGACCAAGGCCAAAUCCAAGUCAAAAGACGAGUAGAAUUAAAACUGGUUUUUUAAGACAAC